AUGCAAGUCCUAAUUGCGAUCCUAAGCUUUGUUGAUCUUGUCGCACUUACAUUCCUAAAUGGCUAUUGGCUAAUUACCCUGGAUGAAUUAGAACUGGACCAUUUAAAUCCAGCUGAUGUAGCCAAACGUCUGAACAAUCUUGUUUAUCCAGAGAUGAUUAUGCAUGGUAUUCUCCUGUUCCUGUGUUUGCUUGCGUGGGCACCAUGGAUAUUUCUGCUUAAUCUUCCCAUUGCUCUGUGGCACAUCCGACGUGUUGUACGCAAUGAGCACUUGAUGGAUCCAACUGAGAUCCUACGGUACAAGAAACUACAGCAGGCUCGCUUGGAAUCGAUUGGAAGGACAGUGUUCUACGGACUACAGAUCGUCUACGGCAUGUUUUGGAUGGUAUCGGCUAUUGUGACUUCGAGUAAGAAUCGAAAGGAUACGAAACGUGGAUAG